AUGGCAACUCCCAAGUUCAAUUCCAAGUCGCCCACCAUCCGGCGCAUUCUUCGCGAAGCGCAAGAAUUGUCGUCCGCUCCCUCCCCAGACUACACAGCAACGCCGCUUGAGAGCGACCUGUUCGAAUGGCACUUCACACUGCGCGGCCCGCCCAACUCCGUUUACAGCGACGGCAUCUACCACGGGCGCAUCGUGCUGCCGCCCUCAUACCCCCUGCGCCCACCCUCCUUCCGCUUCGUCACACCCUCCGGCCGCUUUGAGGCGAACCGUGAGAUCUGCCUCUCCAUCAGCGGCCACCACGAGGAGACGUGGCAGCCCGCGUGGGGUGUGCGGACGGCCCUGGUGGCCCUGCGCAGCUUCAUGGAGACGGACCCUAAGGGCCAGCUCGGCGGCCUCGAUACGAGCGAUGCCGUUCGCAGAAGGUUGGCAAAUGAGAGCGGAGCCUUCCGGUGUUCAGCGUGCGGGAAGACGAAUGCGGAAAUCAUCAAGGAGUGCGAGGACGCCGCCAAGGAGGCGAGCGAUGAGGCGGGGCCAAGCGCAGAGGUCGAGAUACCCAAGGACCUAAAGAUGGGCUGGAGGGACGAGAUGGAGAAGCCAAAGGCAGCGAGCCCGGCGGCUGCAGUCAGCACAGAGGCAGAGGCGGUCGCGGCGUCGGUCGACGAUGCCGAGAGCGCGGAGUUGGCAGAGGGUUUCGUGCAGACCGUUCCCAUACAACGACAGGAAGUGCCGGUUGACACGGCGUCCUUACCGGCGCGGCCGGGCCAGACUGUCCCGCAGCCGACGAGAACACUACCUCUUCCAGAUCCACAGGCUGCCGUGGUGCCUCCUCUGGCGCAAGCGCAGCUCCACAGGCAUUCGAACGAUGGCGUACCGCUAUGGAUCGACCGCACCAUCGUCGCGCUCGCGAUCCUCUUGAUCGGAAUGAUCUUCAAAGUCAUGCUGGGUAUAUGA